UCCGACUCGUUCCGGAGAGGCGAACACCCACUGUUUUUCAGACAUAACGGUAUUCUAUACGGAACCAACCUCGAACGAAUUUUCUCUCCAGUCUGGAGUCUGGAGGACCCCGAAACCGUUCUGCCAAGAAGCUUGCUGUCCAAGAAACUUCAAAUUUUAACCGUUUUCAAAGGACCAAUCCCAACUCAAGAAGAUCCAAACCAAAUAUAAUACCACUCCCAUCACCCCCAAUGCUCCGAAACCCAAAACCCUAACGUUUUCUCCCCCUCUGUACAUCGAUGGACAAAGAGGUUCAAAUCCUCUCUCGCCUCGCUGCGAACCACCUACGCCUAGCUCAAUUCGAGCCCCUCCGAGCCAUUAUUCUGGCUCUCCGAUCCCGGAACUCCGACGUCGCUGUCGCCAUCCUCCAAACCAUCGUCGCCCAUUCUGACCGGUUCGAAAACAUUCUCUGGUCACCCUCUUGCCCAUCCCCACCUCUCCUUGCAUACCUAUCCACUCUCGAACUCUUGCAAUUCGAUAAUGCCUCAUCGGCUUGGAGCUUCGAUCCUGAAACACUGCGAUUACGGGCCGAAUUCUUGCUUUUAGUUCAGCAACUGAUCGACCGUGUAUCGGAGAGUAUGCGAAAGAACUUUGAUUUUGAAAACAUGGAGAAAGAUUUUUUGGCUGAGAGUGAGGGUUUGGAGGAGCGAGCCGUGGCAUUAGAUAAGAGCGAGGAUUUGAGAGAUGCAAAUAGUGAAUUGGAUGAUUGCGUGCGGGUCUUGGAUAGGGUUUUAGAAUUAGGCGCUGAGAGGUUGAAGCCAGAUGUUGAAGGGGACGACAAUAACCGGAGCGCGACUUGGGUAAGUCCAGGUGCCAUGCCAAUUGAUGAAGGUGAAUUGAUGUGUUUGAGCAGGGUGAUAUUGGAUCAUUCGGAUGUUUUUGAUGCGCUGUGUUGGAAUAUACAGCGGCAAGUUAGGGGGUGGGAGAGUUAUGACUCGGGUUUAGCAAUCACGGUCCAGGGGGGUGAGAAUGCAAAAAAAGAGGAAUUCUCAGUGGAGGAGAAGGAUUUGAAGGUUCUUGGUUUGAUACAGAGGAUUGUUCAGUCCGCUCAUCUGAACGCCAUGAAGGAAUGCAUGAAGGAGGGCGAUGUAGAAGGAGCGAUUUCUCGAAUUCGUUUUCUGCACAUUGAUUACGGAGUGGAAGGGGCCGAGUAUCGCAUGGUUUUGCAAGAUCUAAUCAAGAGCAUUUUGUCGAGAAGGGAGGGUUUUGGAGACUCAUGGCAUGCCAUGAGAGAAAAAUUGCUAUGGAUUUAUGAACAAGCCCUUUCAUCAAAUUGCAGACAUCUUGUUCAAAUGAUUCAGUUUAUUCAAGAUGAGUUGCUCUCUGAGGAGAUUGGGAUGAAUGGAGCUCUUAAUAAUAGCCAAUUUCCACCUCCACUUGAGCGCUUUCAAAGAUAUCUUGUGGAGUUGGAAUCUAAUGAAGAUAGAUAUGACAAGUCUUCAUCCUUGAAUAUGGCUGUCACUUAUUGUACAAGAGAUAUGUAUCAUUAUGCUCGUGUUUCUGGAUUACAUGUACUUGAUUGUGUCCUGGAAAGUGCCCUAUCUGCUGUGAAGAGGGAGCAACUUCAAGAAGCUAGCAAUGUUCUUAUGUUAUUUCCCCGGCUUCAGCCCUUGGUAGCUUCCAUGGGUUGGGAUUUAUUAUCUGGUAAAACAACAGCACGAAGGAAUUUAAUGCAACUGCUAUGGAUAAGUAAGUUUCAGGUACUGCGAUUGGAAGAGUCUCUGCUCUAUGGUAAUCAAUCGAAGGAGAUAUCUUGUUUGGAACAUCUAUGUGAUAAUUUAUGUUAUCAGCUUGAUGUUGCAUUUUUUGUUGCCUGUGUCAAUUCUGGUCGAGCAUGGAACUCAAAAUUAUCGCUGUUGUCUGGAAAAGAGCAAACAACAUUAGGAUAUGAAGGUGCCCAGUCAGAUGCUUUUGUUGAAAAUCUUGUGUUGGAAAGACUCUCUGUACAAAGUCCUCUUCGGGUAUUGUUUGAUGUUGUUCGGGAUAUUAAAUUUCAAGAAGCUAUGGAAUUGAUCAGUCUGCAGCCAAUUGCUUCGACCGCAGAUGCCUGGAAGAGAAAGCAAGAUGUGGAACUUAUACACAUGCGCUAUGCUCUAGAAUCAGCAGUUCUUGCACUAGGAACAAUGGAAAGGGGCAUGGCAAAUGAAAGAGAAACCCAUCACCAGUUGGCAUUAUGCCAUUUGAAGGACCUGCAGAGCCAUUUGGGAGCCAUUAAUAAUAUUUCCCGCAAGAUAUUUAUGGUGAAUGUUAUAAUUUCGCUUUUACAUAUGGAUGAUCUAUCUCGGAAUAUGGCACAUUGUGUCUCCCCAGAGAGAGACUCUGAAUCCGGUUACACCCGUGCUUGGGAAAAUAAUGAUCUCUCUCCAUGUAAUGAAGGAAACAAAGUGGUUAUAUUUUUCACGGAGAGAAUACUUGAUAUAUUACAUCGCAAUCUUCCUUCAGCUGUAAUUGAACUAGAGCAAGCACUGAGUGAGGGUGUAAGAACAGGUGGAAGACAGGCCUUGGAGUGGAGAGUCUCUGUUGCUAAAAGUUUCAUCGAAGAGUGGGAAUGGCGUUUGUCAAUCUUGCAGCGCCUUUUACCAUUAUCUGAACGCCAGUGGGGAUGGAAGGAAGCAUUGACUGUAUUACGUGCUGCCCCAUCCAAACUACUCAACCUUUGCAUGCAAAAAGCAAAGUAUGACAUUGGAGAAGAGGCGGUCCAGCGAUUUGCAUUAUCUGCUGAAGAUAAAGCUACACUUGAAUUAGUUGAAUGGGUUGAUAGUGCCUUCAAAAGAGCAUCGGUAGACGUUGUAGUGUCGCGUGCUGAUGACAGUGCAGUACAAGAUCUAGAUUUUACUUCUUUGCGCUCGCAAUUAGGUUCUUUGGCUUCAAUUCUCCUUUGUAUUGAUGUUGCUGCUACUGCUGCAAGGUCAGCAAAGAUGUCACAAACACUUUUGAAUCAGGCACAAGUUAUGUUAUCUGAGAUAUAUCCUGGAGGUUCUCCAAAGAUGGGAUCCACUUACUGGGAUCAAAUCCUUGAAGUUGGAGUGAUUUCUGUUUCACGGCGGGUCCUCAAGCGUUUACUUGAGUUCUUGGAACAGGAUAACCCUCCUACACUUCAGGCCUUGUUAUCUGGGGAAAUAAUCAUCUCUUCUUCUAAGGAGACCCACCGACAGGGACAAAGGGAACGUGCUCUUGCUAUGCUACAUCAGAUGAUUGAAGAUGCUCACAGGGGCAAGCGUCAGUUUUUAAGUGGUAAGCUUCAUAAUCUUGCAAGAGCUGUUGCUGAUGAAGAAACAGAACUCAAUUUCCCUCAAGGGGAAGGCCCACAUUCUGAUCGAAAGGCUCUCUCCAAUUUUGAUAAGGAUGGGGUUCUUGGGCUUGGGUUAAGAUCUGCUAAACAAAUACCCUUAAGCUCAAUGGCUGCGGAAACUGGUGCGCAGCCUGUUGAUUAUGACAUGAAAGAUUCUGGGAAGAGAUUAUUUGGUCCAUUAAGUACCAAGCCCACAACGUAUCUUUCACAAUUUAUUCUCCAUAUUGCUGCAAUUGGUGACAUAGUUGAUGGGACUGAUACAACUCAUGAUUUCAACUUCUUCUCGCUUGUGUUUGAAUGGCCUAAGGAUCUUUUAACUCGUCUGGUCUUUGACCGAGGCAGCACCGAUGCAGCUGGAAAGGUUGCUGAGAUUAUGGGUGCUGAUUUUGUGCAUGAAGUGAUCUCUGCAUGUGUACCUCCAGUUUAUCCUCCACGAUCUGGUCAUGGAUGGGCAUGCAUUCCUGUCAUUCCUACCUGCUCUCAGAGUGACUCUGAAAAUAAAGUACUCUCCCCCAGUUCUAAAGAAGCUAAACCUAAUAGUUACACCCGUUCCUCAGCAACACCUGGAAUCCCUCUAUACCCUCUCCAAUUGGAUGUGGUAAAACAUUUGGUUAAAAUAUCUCCAGUGAGGGCUGUCUUAGCUUGUGUUUUUGGGAGCAGUAUAUUGUACUCUGGCAGUGACUCUUCUAUAUCAGGCUCCUUCAAUGAUGGAUUUCUUCAGGCACCUGAUGUUGACAGGUUGUUUUAUGAAUUCGCGCUUGAUCAAUCUGAGCGGUUCCCAACUUUAAAUCGAUGGAUACAAAUGCAAACUAACCUUCAUCGAGUCUCAGAAGUUGCUGUCGCAACAAAGGAAAGAGCUGAUGAUGCCAAGCUUAAACCUGAAUCAAGAUAUGCUAUUAAAAGAAUCCGGGAGCUUGACAAUGAUACAGAGUCAGAAAUUGAUGACACUAUUAACAGCAGUAAUAUUUCAUCAGCUUUGCAAGACCCCAACAGUCUAGGGGUUUCAGCUCUUGAUCCUUGGCACGAUUCCUUGAAAUCUGAGGUUGAUGAACUUGAUGCUACAGUUUUCCUUUCUUUUGAUUGGGAGAAUGAAGAACCCUAUGUGAAAGCCAUCGAACGGUUGAUUGAUGAAGGAAAAUUAAUGGAUGCUCUUGCACUUUCGGAUCGCUUUCUAAGUAAUGGAGUAUCAGACCGGUUACUUCAGCUACUCAUUGAGCGUGGGGAAGAGUAUAAUUCGAUCUCUGGACAACCUCAAGGGUAUGGCAGCCAUAACAUCUGGAGCAAUAGUUGGCAGUAUUGCCUGCGGUUGAAAGAUAGGCAGCUAGCUGCUAAACUUGCCCUCAAGUAUAUGCACAGAUGGGAACUUGAUGCUGCUUUGGAUGUUCUGACAAUGUGCAGCUGUCACCUGCCAUAUAGUGAUCCACUUAGAAAUGAGGUCUUGCAAAUGAAACAAGCUUUGCAGAGGUACAGCCACAUAUUAAGUGCAGAUGAUCAUUAUAGUAGCUGGCAAGAGGUUGAAGCAGAAUGUAAGGAAGAUCCCGAGGGCUUAGCACUUAGAUUAGCGGGAAAAGGAGCUGUUUCUGCUGCAUUAGAAGUGGCAGAAAGUGCAGGAUUAUCUAUAGAUUUGCGGAGAGAACUGAAGGGCCGGCAACUCGUGAAACUUCUCACCGCUGAUCCUCUCAAUGGUGGAGGUCCAGCAGAAGCUUCACGGUUUCUUUCUUCACUACGUGACUCAGAUGAUGCUCUACCAGUUGUAAUGGGUGCAAUGCAGUUGUUACCUAAUUUACGGUCAAAGCAACUUCUUGUUCACUUCUUUCUCAAGCGAAGAGAAGGAAAUCUCUCGGAUGUUGAGGUUUCACGGCUUAACUCCUGGGCCUUAGGUCUUCGUGUUUUGGCUGCCUUGCCUUUGCCAUGGCAGCAAAGAUGUUCUUCACUGCAUGAACACCCUCAUUUGAUACUGGAGGUGCUUCUGAUGAGGAAACAACUGCAAUCUGCGGCCCUGAUCCUUAAAGAAUUUCCGUCAUUGAGAGACAACAACAGAGUUAUUGCAUAUGCAGCAAAAGCUAUUACUGUCAGUAUUAGCUCCCAACCUAGAGAACAUCGGAUAUCUGUUUCUGGAACAAGACCAAGGCAGAAAACAAGAGCAGGUAUUCCUGCACGGUCAUCUUUCACCAGCAGUCUAAGUAACUUGCAAAAAGAGGCUCGCAGAGCUUUCUCUUGGACUCCACGAAAUACUGGAGACAAGGCUGCUCCAAAAGAUGUUUAUCGAAAAAGAAAGAGUUCUGGUUUGACUUCAUCUGAAAGAGUUGCUUGGGAGGCUAUGACUGGAAUUCAAGAAGAUCGUGUUUCAUCAUAUCCUGGAGAUGGGCAAGAACGGCUCCCCUCAGUUUCAAUUGCUGAGGAAUGGAUGCUGACAGGUGAUGCUGUUAAGGAUGAAUCUAUUCGUGCAUCUCACAGAUAUGAAAGUGCCCCUGACAUAACUCUCUUUAAGGCACUGCUUUCUCUGUGUUCUGAUGAGUCAGUGUCUGCCAAAAGUGCCAUGGACUUGUGUAUCAAUCAGAUGAAGAAUGUGUUGAGCUCCCAACAGUUGCCUGAGAAUGCAUCCAUGGAAACAAUUGGUCGAGCAUAUCAUGCCACAGAGACCAUUGUACAGGGACUACUCUAUUGUAAAUCCUUGCUGAGAAAGCUUACAGGGAGUAGUGAGAUGUCUUGUAAUUCUGAAAGAAGUAGGGAUGCUGAUGAUGCAUCUUCUGAUGCUGGUAGCUCCAGUGUGGGUAGCCAGUCUACGGAUGAGUUAUCUGAACUUCUCAUACUGGUAGAAAUCUGGCUAGCACGUUCUGAGCUGCUUCAAAGCCUCUUGGGAUCAGGAAUUGCUGCUUCUCUUGAUGACAUUGCUGAUAAGGAGUCAUCUGCACGUCUCCGUGACAGGUUAAUUGUAGAGGAACGAUACAGCAUGGCUGUGUAUACUUGCAAAAAGUGUAAGAUUGAUGUUGUUCCUGUCUGGACUGCAUGGGGACAUGCUUUGAUUCGGAUGGAGCGUUAUGCACAAGCUCGUGUGAAGUUUAAGCAAGCCCUUCAAUUGUAUAAGGGUGAUCCUGCACCUGUCAUUUUAGAGAUUAUUAAUACAAUAGAAGGUGGUCCACCAGUUGAUGUCUCAGCAGUUCGUUCCAUGUAUGAGCAUUUGGCCAAAAGUGCACCUACAAUCCUGGAUGAUUCUCUUUCUGCUGAUUCAUAUCUCAAUGUUUUAUACAUGCCAUCUACCUUUCCACGCUCAGAGAGAUCCCGGCGGUCUCAGCUGUCCACGGAUAAUAAUUCCUCCCAGAGUUCUGACUUUGAAGAUGGACCUCGCAGCAAUCUGGACAGCAUUCGAUAUGUUGAAUGUGUUAACUAUUUACAAGAAUAUGCACGCCAGCAUUUGCUGUAUUUUAUGUUUAGGAAUGGUUACUACAAUGAUGCUUGUAUGUUGUUUUUCCCUCCAAAUGCCGUUCCUCCCCCUCCCCAGCCAUCAACGAUGGGGGUAGUUGCAACUUCAUCUUCAUCUCCUCAAAGACCUGAUCCUUCGGUGACUGAUUAUGGGACAAUUGAUGAUUUGUGUGAGUUGUGUGUUGGUUAUGGUGCGAUGCCUGUUCUUGAGGAAGUGGUUUCAACAAGAAUGUCCUCAGCAAAUCUGCAGGAUGUGGCCGUAAAUCAGUAUACAGCUGCGGCCCUUGUCAGAAUUUGCACCUAUUGUGAAACACACAAACAUUUCAAUUAUUUAUACAAGUUUCAGGUUAUUAAAAAGGACCACGUUGCUGCUGGACUUUGUUGUAUUCAGUUGUUUAUGAACUCUUCUACACAAGAGGAAGCUGUGAAAUAUUUGGAACAUGCUAAGAUGCAUUUUGAUGAAGGUUUGUCCGCCCGACAUAGAGGAGGGGAUUCUACUAAGCUUGUCACAAAGGGUGCUAGAGGAAAAAGUGCUUCUGAGAAGCUUACUGAAGAAGGACUUGUGAAGUUUUCUGCUCGGGUUUCGAUUCAGGUGGAAGUUGUGAAAUCCUUUAAUGAUUCAGAUGGGCCACAGUGGAAAUAUUCACUUUUUGGGAAUCCAAAUGACCCUGAAACAUUCAGGAGAAGAUGCCAAAUUGCUGAGACUCUCGUGGAGAAGAAUUUUGAUUUAGCUUUCCAAGUGAUAUAUGAAUUCAGCCUUCCUGCUGUUGAUAUAUACGCUGGAGUUGCUGCAUCACUUGCUGAGAGGAAAAAGGGCAGUCAAUUGACAGAAUUUUUCAGAAACAUAAAAGGCACAAUUGAAGAUGAUGAUUGGGACCAGGUCUUGGGGGCUGCAAUAAAUGUUUAUGCUAACAAACACAAAGAACGCCCUGACCGUCUCAUAGACAUGUUAACCAGCAGCCACAGGAAGGUUCUGGCUUGUGUGGUUUGUGGUCGUUUAAAAAGUGCUUUCCAAAUUGCUUCUCGAAGUGGAAGUGUAGCUGAUGUCCAAUAUGUAGCUCAUCAGGCAUUACAUUCAAAUGCACUCCCAGUGUUCGAUAUGUGUAAACAAUGGUUGGCUCAGUACAUGUAAUUUGCUGCUAGUGAGAAAUUAUAGAGAAGAAUUUUAGUUUUGGCCAAGAUGAAUUGAGGGCAUUGGAUUUUCAACAGCCACGGUUUUCGAUAAGGAUUGCACUGAGGUUACUUGAAAGUGCUUUCUUAAAAUCGAUGACCCCUGAAAUGUUGAAAACAAGGGCUUAUACGGUCAUUCGCUUUCCUAUGUGCCAUUGUUUUGGUUCCGUUGCCGUUCUUUGACUGCCAUCUGACAUUGUUGAGGCUAAUUUCAAAUCGUCAGGAGUUUUGGGUUAGCCUUAUCUUAUGUAAUAUGUUGUAACUUGCUGUUGGGGGAGGAUAUGUGGAGAAAAAAAUCAGUCACGUGGCCCAAUAGAAAUUGCAGCAAAUCAUGAAUCAUCCCGAGAUCCACAUUUUAGGCCUGAAUCUGACUCCAUUUGGAUGUAAAGGGUUACAGUUCUGCCACAGUUAAAGAGUAGAUUUGCGUGGCAAUGUAUAGAUUAUGAAAGAGAAGAAAAAAAAUCAGCAUGAUAUUCACAUACAUAUAUGUAUUCCCUCUCACGGGUAAAAUUUUGACUUGUAAAAUACGAAAUUGGUUCGUCUCGUUCGUUUA